GAAGUUCGCUACACAAAAAAGGAGAAACCGCAACCCUGCAAAAAAAACCAUCGAAGAUGUCUAAGCAAAAUGUGAUAGUGAUGGUGCUUAUAAUAAGUGCUAUGGUUCCACAAAUUCAAAGCGUGAAUUUGAAAGCAGGGAAUUGGGGUACAAGUUUCGAAAGAAAGAACAAGGAGACAGUGACGAAGCUUCAAUUCUAUUUCCACGACACCGUGAGUGGGAAAAACCCAAGCGCUGUUAAGGUUGCUGAACCUGUAGACAAGAGCAAGUCAUUCAGUACACUGUUCGGUAACAUUAUGAUGGCGGAUGACCCGUUAACCGAAACAUCUGACCCGAACUCCAAGUUAGUGGGCCGGGCCCAAGGUAUGUAUGGGUCGUCAUGUCAAGAAGAGCUUGGGCUGCUUAUGGCUCUAAGCUACUCAUUUGUAGACGGCCCAUACAACGGUAGCUCGUUUACGGUUGUUGGAAAAAACUCUAUUAUGAACCCCGUUCGUGAGAUGGCCGUUGUUGGUGGCACGGGACUUUUUCGUAUGGCACGUGGUUACGCCAUCGCUCAGACUCAUUGGUUUGAUAACAGAGGCGAUGCCAUCGUUGGAUACAACGUCACUCUCGUUCAUUAAUUUUACUAUUUAAUAGUACUUAAUUAACCGCUUUUCUUUUCUAUAUAAAUCACUAAAUAAUGUUAGAAUAAUACUUAUUUGAUCAUGAAAAUACUUGCUCGGAAUGUUAUAGAUUUAUCCACUUUCCUCUUAUAUCUUAUUGUGUUUUUGAACAUAUUUUAUAUGCUUCGUUGGAUCCAUCAA